AUGGCAACACCGGAGUCAUUACGAGAACCGUGUCCUGACCGUAUCCUCGAUGACAUUGGUGGUGCUUUUGGUCUAGGAGCCGUUGGAGGAUCAGCUUUUCAUUUCCUUAAAGGGUCAUACAACUCCCCGAAAGGUAGUCGCUGCAUGGGAGGAAUACAAGCAGUGAAAAUGAAUGUUCCUCGUUUGGCAGGCAGUUUUGGCGUUUGGAUGGCUUUAUUCUCGACGUUUGAUUGCUCCAUGGUGUUCCUCAGGCAGAAGGAGGAUCCAUUGAACUCCAUCAUUGCAGCUGCUGCAACUAGAGGGGUUCUAUCGAUGCGGCAGGGGCCUAGCAUGGCUGCGAGAUCAGCGCUUUUUGGUGCGGUUGCGAUGGCUUUGUUCGAAGGAGCAAUGAUAACGUCGAACAAGAUUCUGGAUCAGUCUAAAAAUUUGAAAAUGGAGGAAGGAAGAAAGAUGGUGAAUAAGGAGCCGCAGAAAACGAGUAGCAAAAAUGAAGCAAAGGUAUUAGAGAGUUUUGAUGCGCCUACGGUGCCAUCAUUUGAUUACAAGUAAGCUUUGUUUAUCUAUCUUAUAUCAUUGUUGUCUACUGUCUCUUUGUUCUAGGAAGAGUGAACAACACAUUUUGUCUCCUUUUUCUCUGAAAGUUAUGUUUUACAACUAUUG